UUGCAAUCUGGUUACCGUCCUGGCCAUAGUACGGCUACUGCACUUUUACAAAUCACUUAUGAUACUCGGUAUGGUGUGGAGAAACAAAAGCUUACCAUUCUUACGAUACUUGAUUUUAGUAAUGCAUUUAAUACAGUAGGUUUUUAUAUCUUGUUGGGCAUCCUGCGCUUUCUCAACAUAUCUCUCAACAUAUCAGUAGUUGACUGGUUUCGAAGUUACUUGUUUGGUCAAGAUGUUUUUUCCACCUGGACUACUACAGCGGCUUGCGUACCACAAGGUGGCGUGUUGUCUCCUCUCCUGUUUGCAAAUUUCUUUAGCUCUAUAAGUCAUAAUUUGUCCACUUCCUACCACUUGUAUGCUGAUGAUCUCCAAAUCUAUACUCAAUUCUCUCUUGAAGAUUUGUCUAAAGCAGUUGACACUAUUAACGCUGAUCUGACUUGUAUUUCGAAUUGGAGUAAACGUUAUGGCUUAACGAUGAAUCCUAAGAAAACUCAGGACAUUGUCAUCGGUAGUUUUAGAUUAAUUGGAAAAAUUGGUUGGUCUUCCCUACCUCCUAUUUUACUAGACUGCACUCAAAUCCCUUACAGUAACAAGGUUAAAAACCUGGGGUUGCAUCUCGACUUUUGUAUGUCUUGGACCUCACAGGUUAAUAAGAUUUGUUCGGAACCCUCGGUGCGCGAGUCCGACUCGCAGUUUGCCGGUUUUUUUAAGAAAUCCCUUACUGUAACUGCUGUACGUUUGUGGAAACGUAACUCUUUACCUCUCCACAUUCGUCGUGCUCAAUCUCUUCAUUCUUUCAAAAGUCUUGUUAUAUCUUAUUACUUAGAACGCUAUUAG